UGCAAAUUUUUUGUUAUGCAUACAUGUUUGCAAUGAAAUAGUUCUUUUGUUUACCGUACUACAGCAGAUGAAGAACCAAGUAGAACAGGGAAGGAAAAACAAUAUGCAUAUUGACUGCAUACUUACUCUCUGCUUUUACUAACCUCUUUUAACAUGUCUAAGUGUUAUUCUAAUGAUAUGCACUUCACUCAGAUGCAGUUUGAAUGAUAAAAAUCAUAUACUUAUUAAAGGAUAUAAAAGUGCCAGCAAACCUGUGAUUGAGUUGGAGAGAUACAGACUCCCAGGAAUGGAGAAAAGAGUGUGAGGAUCUUUCUGGGUGUUUCUAUAUUGUUUUGAGUUUUUUAGUUGCUUUCAAAUACUUCCUUCACAUUUAUUUGUUGUUGUUGGGUUUUUUUUCAAUUCAUUUUGAUGGUUAUGAAUUCCUAUUUUUUCCUAAGUUAGAUUUGGAUUAACUGAAAUCUCUCUCUGAUUGCUUUGCUGUAUCAUAAUAUUCAUGUUGAUGAUUCAGUAAAAACUCCAUAAUAAGGAAUACUUUAUGGAAUGAUUUGAAAAUCCUCUGCCAUAACAUUGAGAACCAGUGUUAUUGGAUGCAACUGCAACACUAAACAGAUGACAUGGUCAUAGAGUAGAAAUGGGGAUUGACUUAUAUGAAGUUGACAUCCGGUCACUCAACCCUAUGAGGUGGCUGACAGAUGCUGUUAUAGAUGUUGUAGCAAGAAGAAUGAAAGAACAAAUCCCCUCAAAGAAUGUGUACAUCUUAGAAACAUUCUUUGCACAGAAAUUGCUUGUCAAAGGAAAGCUCAACCGUAGACCCCUGGACAUGACAGGAUGUAAUUACUUGGGGGUGGAAAAUGUCCUUGCUGCUUUAGAUGUGGAUUUAGAGAAAGGAGCCAUCCUCAUUGUACCAAUCAGUAACAUGGUUCAUUGGUAUUUGGCUGUGUUAUGUGCAGAGUCACGGUCCAUUUACUUUCUCUGUUCCAUGAAUGGACGAUAUGAAAAUGAGGGGGCAUCAUUGAAAGUGUAAGUAAAAUGCAAAUCUUUAUAGCAAAACAAUGACAGUAUGUGAGGGUCUUAAAUUUGUAUAGUUUUAAACA